UACAACUCUUAGCAAAAUUCAUUAAAUUCUAAACCGGCUUCCGGCUGUUUCCGUUCACCUAUAAGUAAUUAAAAUAUUUUAUCGAACUAAAGACAUUUCACUUUCAGAUUAUGAUAAAGGAUCGCAGCAACAGCAGCAGCGUUACAACAUGGCCGCCGGAGAACUCGCUAACCGCACGAACGCUAGUACGGACAGCGACCACCAGGCGGCGCAGGACACCGUCGUCGUCGUGCUGUCGAUCACGGUGAUGUGCGUCGUUAUGACAGCGGCGGUGCUAGGCAACCUACUCGUCAUCGUCAGCGUCGCUCUGCACCGUAGUCUGCGCUCGCGCACCAAUCACUUCAUCAUGUCACUCGCAGUCGCCGACAUACUCGUCGCUCUCUUCGCGAUGACCUUCAACUUCAGCGUGACCUUGGCGCAGCGCUGGCUCUUCGGACAGUUCGUCUGCGACUUCUGGAACUCGUGCGACGUUCUCUUCUCGACGGCGUCCAUCUUGCAUCUGUGCUGCAUCAGCGUUGACCGCUACAUCGCCGUCACCAACCCGCUCAUGUACCCGACGGUGAUGACUCAUCGCAAGGUCGCCAUCAUGUUGACGGUCGUCUGGCUGUCGUCUGCUCUCAUCUCGUUCGUGCCGAUCUACACGCAGUGGUACACGACGCCUGGGAACUACGAGUACAUGCUCGCUCACCCGGACGUGUGCCACUUCAAGGUGAAUCGUGUCUACGCUGUUAUCUCGUCGACGGUUUCCUUCUGGUUGCCGGCCGUCGUCAUGUUGUUUACCUAUCACAAGGUGUACCGCGAGGCAAACAAACAAGCGCGGCAGAUACACAGAGAGACUGCCGCUAUUCAGGUGCAACUCGGUGCUCGCGCUGCGGACUGCCAUCUAGCGGACGGUGCGGGAAACGAAGCGGGACGUACGAUAUUGCGGAGGGAACACAAGGCGGAGAAGACGCUAGGCAUGAUAAUGGGAUGCUUCCUGAUUUGCUGGCUUCCGUUCUUCACGUGGUACUUGGCGACGCAUCUGUGCGGCGACGCGUGCGUCACUCCCGAUGUCGUCGUGUCAGUACUAUUCUGGAUCGGUUACUCGAAUUCCGGACUUAAUCCGAUCAUAUAUGCGUUUUUCAACAAGGAUCUCCGCAGAGGGUUUCAUCUGACACUAAGGAGGUUAUUCUGUUGUAGAGACACGGAUCACUUCUGAGCUAGGCAGUCGAAUAGCCUAUGGAAUAGAAUACUAGCACAUACAUUGCCCGGUUACGGAAUGGAACACUAGCACAUACAAUGCGCUGUUACGGAAUAGAAUACUAGCACAUACAUUGCCCGGUUACGGAAUGGAACACUAGCACAUACAAUGCGCUGUUACGGAAUAGAAUACUAGCACAUACACUGCCCGGUUACGGAAUGGAACACUAGCACAUACAAUACGCCGUUACGGAAUGGAACACUAGCACAUACACUGCCCGGUUACGGAAUGGAACACUAGCACAUACAAUACGCCGUUACGGAAUGGAAUACUAGCACAUACAAUACGCCGUUACGGAAUGGAAUGCUCGCACAUACAAUACGCCGUUACGGAAUGGAAUGCUCGCACAUACAAUGCGCCGUUACGAAAUGGAAUGCUCGCACAGACAAUACGCCGUUACGGAAUGGAAUGCU